CUUCCUCUGAUCAGCACGACCCCCAGUUCUGUUCUCAUGGAAAUCAGAGCCUGCCUCCCGGCCACACUUUUCUGCAGAGAUGCAAAGUUGAAGCGCAUUCCCAGCCGGGACAGCAGACCUUAACGAUGUCUUGGAGGAGCUGAUCGUUUCCUUUUUAUCCAUUUUUCUCGUGCGCGCUUGUCUUUCCUAUCUUUUUUUUUUUUUUCGCUCGCCGCUCUCGGACACAGCACACUCUUUUUAUUGUUUUUAUUUUCUCCUCUCCCCAACAUGCUGGGUUUGGCGCAGCGCGUGGUUUUCUGCGCGCUGCUCGGCUCCGUUUACGCGUCGUGCCCUCCGCGCUGCGAGUGCUCCGAGGCGGCUCACACCGUCAAGUGCGUGUCCAGAGACCUGCGGAGCGUCCCGACCGGGAUCCCCGGAUACACCCGGAAUCUGUUCAUCACGGGGAAUCAGAUCCGUCGAAUCGGUCCGGAGUGUUUUAAAGGGCUGGAUAAUGUGACGAACCUGUCUCUGAGCAACAACAGAAUUUCCGAGGUGGAGUCCCACGCCUUUGCCGGACUCCGCAGCCUCCGCUCCCUGGAUCUGAGCAACAACCAGCUGGCGGUGGUUCACCCCGAAGCCUUCACCGUGCAGAACCAGUCUCUGCGGGACCUCAACCUGAGCCGAGCCCUCUACAACCACUCGUCCGUGACGGACCUGGCCACGUCUCUGCGCUGGAGCUCCCUGGGGAUGCUGAGGGGACUGGACCUCUCCCACAACGGCCUCAUCUACUUACCCUCGCACAUCUUCUCCCACCUGGGCAGCCUGCAGCGGCUCCAGCUUUCCAACAACUCCCUGGUGGCCAUCCACAACUCCACCUUCUCGGGUCUGGACGCCCUGCGGGAGCUGGACCUGAGCCUCAACGCCCUGAAGACGGUGGCCGAGGAGGGCCUGGGGGAGCUGGACUCCCUGCCCAGAGCCCAGCUCCUGCUGGGGGAAAACCCCUUCACGUGCACGUGUGGAAUCGAACCUUUUGCUCUGUGGCUCAACAGAUCACAGGGACGCGUCAGUGACGCCAGGGGUCUGGUGUGCGCCUUCCCGGCCAGCAUGAGGAACACAUCCAUGCUGGCUGUGGGCACGCUGACGCUGGGAUGCCACCGGAGCGGCGCGGGGGCGGACCUUGCUCUGCAGACCUCUUACGUCUUCUUGGGCAUAGUCCUGGGCUUCGUCGGCCUGAUCUUCCUCUUUGUACUUUAUCUCAACCGCAAGGGCAUCAAGAAGCGCAUCAAUGACCUGCGCGACGCCUGCCGGGAGGUGUGGGAGGGCUACCACUACCGCUUCGAGAUCGACUCUGACCCCAGGUUGUCACAGGUCUGCACGAGCGCAGACGCGUGAGAUAGACUCUUUUCUAUAAAGCAUUCAUCAGACUACAUCUACACCACUACGUUUUGGUUUGAAAAAAAUGAGUUAUCUUUUGCCACGUUCAGGCCUCGCGGUGCAAACUACUUCGGUGUUUCCGAGCCCGUCAAACAGACAUUCGGAAACACUGCUGACACAAGCGAGUUGUCUAAUGACAACUCGCUUUGCUUUGUAAUCUGGAAGGGCACAAACGGAGACCUUUGGAAACGACGUUGCAUGUCGGCCAGUCUUAUGGGUUAGGUAGGCUUACAUUCAUUUCAGUAACAGUUCAGCCUCGUCGUCGGUCCAAGCUAAUAAACCCUAUUCUUACUUUCCACCAUUGUUGUUCUUUCUCCAA